UACGAGAACAAAAAACAAGAACAAAUACUACCCUUUUUCAUUCCCGCAACUGCACUGUGCAGUCCCAGAAAAUCGCAGAUUCCUGGCGAUUGCACCGUUGGAUUGUCACAAAAUUUUGACAGCAGAUACGAGAACAAAAAACAAGAACAAAUACUACCCUUUUUCAUUCCCGCAACUGCACUGUGCAGUCCCAGAAAAUCGCAGAUUCCUGGCGAUUGCACCGUUGGAUUGUCACCAAAUUUUGACAGCAGAUACGAGAACAAAAAACAAGAACAAAUACUACCCUUUUUCAUUCCCGCAACUGCACUGUGCAGUCCCAGAAAAUCGCAGAUUCCUGGCGAUUGCACCGUUGGAUCGUCACCAAAGUUUGACAGCAGGUUCAUGACUUCUUACUCUUCGUUU